UGAUGUUGCGAAUACAGGUUGGAAACUUUGUAACUAUCAUGAACACUUGAACGUAUUCCUAACAAGUUUUGUUUUACUUCGUAAUUGUGGUUUGACCACGCGGUGUGCACCUCGUUACUUUACUUCACUGAGAUUGCAAUGGCGUCAACUAACGGUGGGACGGAGAUAUCUCAAGCAGAUAAAAAUGUUGAGAUGUGGCGUAUCAAAAAGCUGAUCAAAAGUUUGGAGUCUGCCAGGGGUAAUGGAACGAGUAUGAUUUCUCUUAUCAUCCCUCCGAAGGAUCAGGUAACAAGAGUUGCAAAACUGUUAGCUGAAGAGUACGGAACAGCUUCCAAUAUAAAGAGUAGAGUGAAUCGACUAUCUGUUUUGAGUGCCAUAACGUCAGUACAACAGCGACUGAAACUGUAUACAAAGGUUCCCACAAAUGGGCUUGUUGUUUAUUGCGGCACUAUAGUUACUGAAGAUGGCAAAGAAAAGAAGGUCAAUAUUGACUUUGAGCCCUUCAGACCAGUUAACACUUCUCUGUAUUUGUGUGAUAAUAAGUUUCAUACAGAGGCUCUGGUAGCUCUGCUGGCGGACGACAGCAAGUUCGGCUUUAUUGUCGUUGACGGUAACGGUGCAUUAUUUGGAACGUUGUCGGGGAACACUCGGGAAGUCCUACACAAGUUCACAGUGGAGUUGCCGAAGAAACAUGGACGAGGAGGUCAAUCUGCGCUUCGUUUUGCACGUCUGCGAAUGGAAAAGCGGCACAACUAUGUCCGAAAGGUCGCUGAGACAGCCACUCAGCUUUUUAUUACAAACGACCGUCCAAAUAUUGAGGGACUUAUUUUGGCCGGCAUAGCAGAUUUCAAAAGUGAUUUAGGGCAGUCCGAUAUGUUUGACCAGAGGCUGCAAGCGAAAUUGAUAAAGAUAGUUGACAUUUCUUACGGUGGUGAAACAGGGUUCAAUCAGGCUAUUGAACUGGCAACGGAUGCAUUAACAGGCGUCAAGUUCAUCCAAGAAAAAAAGCUAAUUCAAAGAUAUUUUGAUGAAAUUUCACAGGACAGUGGUAAGUACUGUUUCGGAGUCGACGAUACGCUUAAAUCUUUGGAGAUGGGAGCCGUUGAGACUCUUAUCGUGUGGGAAAAUCUAAGUGUUAAUCGCUAUGUUCUCAAAAUGCCUACUUCAGAAGGUAAGUCAGUGUAAAGUUUCAUUCCUCAAAUUACAAUUAACGUCUGAUGUCCUCAGUGACAAAUAUUAAUAAAAGGUGGUACUGAGUCUCUUAAGAGAAUUGAGAUGAAUGCCGCCAUGAACAUAAUUGUGAGUCGUACCUUGAGGUCUCGCUACGUCACUCUAUAGUUCACACAUAAUUAAAUCUCGUCACUGCAUUAUCCUGUUAGCUAGAAGUUGCUGGCAGGCAGUACAAGUGACGUAUAACAAAGUUUAGACCAUUCUUGAUGCACACCUCAGAGAUGGGAUGCUGCAUAAAGGCGUGGUCCGACAUUCAGUCUCGGCCAAAAUUAUAUAUGCUUCUUCCUUUCAGAGAACCGGGUUAUUCACCUUCGACCUGACCAGGAAACAGAUCGUCGACAUUUUAUCGAUCCUGAAACAGGUUCUGACUUGGAAAUCCUCGACACUCAACUUCUCUUGGACUGGCUAGCGCUCAAUUAUCGGUCGUUUGGGACUACUUUAGAAAUAGUCACGGAUAAGUCACAGGAAGGAGCUCAGUUUGUUCGUGGUUUUGGGGGCAUUGGUGGUAUUCUGCGCUACCAAGUAGAUUUCAACCACUUGGCGGGUGGUGAUGUUGAUUUCGAAGAUGACUUCAAUCUUGAUGAUUACUGACAAACCAGUCCAACCUGCGGUUGGCGCAGGUUGCCUUAUGGCCGUUCACUAUGGUUGGUAUGCGGUCUUCUAUGGAAUGUUCACAUGGAUGAUUUUUGCAGAAUUACGAAAGUGACUUAUCAAGACUACACUUAUUUUGAUUGCUGUGUUAUCGAAUAAUUCAUUAUCUCUAAUUUCUCGUGUUUGUUUUGUGUCGAAUUCAAUAGAAUAAAGUGAUUUAAUCACUGAUUAA